AUGAGGGGGAUGCCGCUUGGCCAAAUUAUUAAAAAGAACUCGCCCAGCCAGGCACUCAUCAAAAGUGCAAUCCAUCACGACAGCAGCUGCUGUGCAUGUAAAAGAAGAUUCUCCUUUUUUCGAAGCAAACUUUGGAGCCCAACUGAAAAUAUUAUAUAUAGAAAAAACCUUGACAUCAGUUGCAAAAGCCAUGUGUUCUUCUACACCGUUCUGAAUGUAGAUCGGUACAGCCACUUCCUACCUUACGUCACGAAAAGCAAAAUAACAGACAAGGCGGAGGAGCACUUCAAGGCCGUCCUCCAAAUUGAGAAUCUCCUGUUCAAGGAAUCAUAUGACUCCGUCAUUCGGUUCAAGGUGCCUACCACCGUCAAG